CAUUUAGACGGUCGUCACAAUUGUCAACAAAAGCAGAACAGAAACCGUUGAAGAAAGAAAGAAGAGAAUUCCAAGAAUCGGUUGCAAUUUCAUAGAAACAAUUACAAUAAGAAAAGCAACGUACGGGUAAUCGCCCCGAAAGCCCACCACACUUCACUUCUCAUCUCAAUCUGUGAUUACCUUCCGUCUGCACGUCGAAGGAAAACAAUGAGUGAAGAGGAAGAAUUCUUCAGAAUCCAUGGGUGAAUUUUUUCUCUAGCUCAUAACAGCAAGAUCAUUGGCGGGAGUUUCAGGGCGGUGGGGCUCCAAGCAGAUUCACCCAUCAUCCCUGACGAAAAAGGGGAAAAUGAUACAGUGGUUGAAGCAAUUACGAAUCACAUUUGGGGCCUCGUUUAUAUGGCUGGUUUGCUUGAUUUACUUCACCCAGGGUUUCAGAUCAUUUGUAUGGACAUCGGUGUCGUACCAGCUGAAAGACAAGCUAAAACUAUCGCCCUCAGCAUCCCAGUUUGUGACCUCAGUCGCAUUUUUCCCAUGGAGCAUCAAACCAUUAUAUGGAAUCUUAUCGGACUGCAUACCAAUUCGGGGAAGAAAAAGGAUCCCUUACUUAGUAAUUGCAACAUUGCUCUCUCUUUUCCCAUGGCUUAUUUUAAGCAUCGAUAUAUCCUCAAGGAGCUCUAGAGUGCCUUUCAUGAUUCUUUUGACAGUGCAAAAUUUGGGCUCUGCAAUGGCUGAUGUUGUGAUUGAUGCCAUGAUAGCUGAGGCUGUAAGAUCUGAGCGGGCUUCUUUCGCUGGUGAUCUUCAGUCCAUAUCCUGGAUGGCAAUGGCUCUGGGAGGAAUCUGUGGCAGUUUAUUUGGGGGAUAUGCUUUAACUAAUUUACAAAUAGAAGUGAUAUUUUUACUUUUUUCAGCAUUACCAGCCAUGCAGCUGCUUUCAUGUGGUUUAGUUGAGGAAAGGCUUGCGGGCAGUGAAGUUUCUUCUGAAUACUUGAGUUCAGAUGGAGGCUCCCGUACAAUUAAUGGAAGAGGUUUUCAUGAAGAUAGAAUGUCCAUUGAGAAGCCUAAACGCAAAAUAUCAAGGCGAAAGAGGAGCCAUAAAAGAGCAAAACAAGGAUCAAUUACUGAAUCUCAGGUUACUGGAGUCCAUGGAUCCCUUGCUACAAAAUGGAUUAACUCUUUGAAAAUGACCACAGUGUCAUUGUUCAGGGCUUUCCGACAGCCGAUCAUUUUGCGACCUAUGUCCUGGUUUUUCCUGGCACAUGUUACUGUCCCAAACAUCUCGACUGUCAUGUUCUAUUACCAGACAGAAGUUCUCAAAUUGGAAGCAUCCUUCUUGGGCACAGCACGUGUUGUCGGAUGGUUCGGCCUCAUGCUAGGAACCCUUACCUAUAAUCGCUACUUGAAGAAAAUGAAAUUACGUAGGAUUCUCCUGUUUGCUCAUAUUGGCUUGUCUUUGUUGAGUCUUCUGGACGUUGCUCUGGUGUCAAGAUCAAAUCUUUCAGUAGGCAUAUCUGAUAAGGUUAUGAUGCUUUUCGGAUCAGCUCUUUCAGAUGGCAUCAAUCAAUUCAAGUUUAUGCCGUUCCUCAUCCUAUCAGGACAGCUCUGCCCGCCUGGCAUAGAAGGAACGUUGUUUGCACUCUUUAUGUCCAUUAACAACUUGGGUUCAACACUGGGAUCAUUCGUAGGCGCUGGACUGGCUUCAAUCCUUAACAUCUCCUCAGGAAAUUUCGACAACCUCCUCUUGGCUGUUAUUAUCCAAGUUCUCUGCACUUUCUUCCCCAUCACCUUCCUAUUCUUGAUACCAAAAGAAGCUACAGGAAUAUCAGCAUAGAAUAGUCUACAGAGACAUAACAUUCAAAUCAAAAUUGGCUUUACUAGGUGAUAGAACAAACAGAGUUUUUGUCGUCCAAUCGACCUUGCUGAGUUGUUAUUUUGUCAUGACCGGCAAUUCAGAGGCAGAGAUUAGACUAGGAAAACUGCGGAACUUCUCACCGUAUAGUUUCUUUACAGGAUAUUGUAAUCUUGAUGGACACAGGUUGAUUCGUUAUCCUUUCUUAUACUAUAUGAUACCAAAGGAAUAAAAGUUGCUGCCAUUUCAUCAUCGUUUUA